UCACUAUAACUGCAGCGUUCUGAUCCGCACAGCAACACAAACGCCAUCUUUAGCCGACAAAGUGCUGUACCGAGGCAGAGUUGUGACUCAAAACUAGGUCAGGCGCCCGGAAAACCCGAAGACUUUUGGAAAUCUCCCGUCGGAAGCCUCCUGAGUUGGUGUUCAGCAACGACCGGCCACACCGUGCUGUCGUAUGGUCCAAUGUGUUUGAUCGCUCGGCCAGCCCGUACGCAGUUUUAUUUUGUCGGUCCCGGUUGACGUUGAGAGUGAUCCCUUGUAAAUAAACCGCAAACAGUGGAGCUGAAAGCCAGAAUGAAACGAGGUAUCCAAGAGAAUGAGCAGGAGGAAGGAGGAGGCCCCAGUGGGGGGUGUCAGAAGACUAUCAGAUGGUCAGCUGAGCACGGGGGAGAGAAAGAGCUGGAAGAGGAGGGAGCCAGCUGGGAGUGUUUGCCGCAGGAGAUCCUGCUUCACAUUUUCCAGUACCUCCCACUGCUGGACAGGGCUUAUGCUUCUCAGGUGUGCCGAGGCUGGAAUCAGGCCUUCCACAUGCCAGAGCUGUGGCGCUGCUUUGAGUUCGAGCUGAACCAGCCAGCCAGCUCCUACCUGAAGGCCACACACCCGGAGCUCAUCAAACAGAUAAUCAAAAAGCACUCCAACCACCUACAGUAUGUCAGCUUUAAGGUGGACAGCAGCAGAGAGUCUGCAGAGGCAGCGUGUGACAUCCUCUCUCAGCUGGUGAAUUGUUCGUUAAAAACUCUGGGACUCAUAUCCACGGCCAGGCCCAGCUUCAUGGAGAUGCCCAAGUCUCACUUCAUCUCUGCACUGACGGUGGUUUUUGUCAACUCCAAGUCCCUGUCCUCCCUGAAAAUCGACGACACGCCCGUAGAUGACCCCUCCCUCAAAGUCCUGGUGGCCAACAACAGCGACACUCUCAAGCUGCUGAAAAUGAGCAGCUGCCCUCAUGUUUCACCUGCAGGCAUCAUGUGCGUGGCCGAUCAGUGCCACGGCCUGAGAGAACUGGCUCUGAACUACCACUUGCUGAGUGACGAACUCCUCAUCGCGCUCUCCUCAGAGAAGCACGUUCACCUCGAGCACCUUCGCAUCGACGUGGUCAGCGAGAACCCAGGCCAGCAGUUCCACACCAUCAAGAAGAGCAGCUGGGACGCAAUGGUGCGCCACUCUCCCAAGUUCAAUCUGGUCAUGUACUUCUACCUGUACGAGGAGGAGUUCGACCCUUUCUUCCGCGACGAAAUCCCCGUCACGCACCUCUACUUCGGCCGCUCCGUCAGCAAAGACGUGCUGGGCCGCGUAGGGCUCACCUGCCCCCGUCUGGUUGAGCUGGUGGUGUGCGCCAACGGGCUGCGGCCGCUCGAUGAGGAGCUCAUCCGCAUCGCCCAGCGCUGCACGCAGCUGUCCGCCAUAGGCCUGGGAGAGUGCGAAGUGUCCUGCAGCGCCUUUGUGGAGUUCGUUAAGAUGUGCGGGGACAGACUGAAGCAGCUGUCCAUCAUGGAGGAAGUGCUGGUUCCGGAUCACCGUUACGAGCUGGACGAUAUCCACUGGGAGGUGUCAAAGCAUUUGGGUCGGGUCUGGUUCCCAGACAUGAUGCCUACAUGGUAGAGAGCCAGAGAACGUGAACGUCUGGUCAGGGUUUUUGUGUACAGAUCCCCAUUUUUACAGGUACAACACAAGAAGAAAUGACAUCUCUCUGCAUUUUUGAUCUCAUUUGUUUUUAAUUCGAUGUAGCAUUCAUUAGAAUACCAACUCGCGGAUGCAUGUAUAUAAUUUAAUCACUUCUCUCAUUUAGCAUUUUCUUCGCCUUGGUCCUUCAGACCUGUUGUUAUUUAUGCAUCAUUUCCCAGCGCAAACUAACAGGUGAAUCUGGAAUCUGUAGGGAAUUAGAGGAAUUAUGCUCCACACAGACGUUGGUCCACAUCUGUGCUGGUGACAUGCGGGCAGAUAUUUUGUGUAUAUAUGAACAUACAGUAAAUAGUUUUUGCCUUAUAAGGGCAUGAGUACAAUCCUUUUAAUAAAAGGAAGUAACUUCACAGAGAUGAAUUCUACUAAAACAAUCAUAAUUGUUGUCAUCACACUAAAUGCACUAUGUUUGUGAAGUCGAUCGGUGUGGGAAUUUCUCUAAUCAUCUUUGUCACCGCUAAAAAGGGAAGACUCCAUGCAUUAGAAGGGGGUGAUCAGCAUUAUAAGCUAGAAUGUUUUUGGUUAAUCGGUGUGUAUUAAUAUGUGUUAUUGUCUGUGCUAACUUGUCUUUGUAAAGAGGCCGUGUCUUUGUGUGAUCCAAACUGGGUGGCGGCCAUGAGGCAGCAGUCUGGUAUGCAGCAGCAGAGGUGGAUUCUGUCUGGGGAGAAAAUCAGAGCUUUCCUUCAUAUAGCGCUAUUUCCUGUCAGCGAAUGUCCUAUUUCACUAUUAUUUUUGUGUUCCUCUCUCUACGUGAAAAAGCCUAAAGAUAGGCCUAUCUCCUUUCUUAAACAAUGACUGGCUGGCCAUGAGGAUCUUGUAAAUGUAUAUAAAGUUUUAACACAUUUUGUUUCAUCUGUUAUAAACUUUAAUUUCUGUACUGUCUGACUAAUUCUCCUGUUGAAACUUUAAAGAAAGAGGUGUUUAUAUUUAAGAACAAAUCCAGACAUAUUAUGCAGGACAGUACUUGAACAUUUAAUGUAUAACUUUAAAGCACUUUUUCUCUAAUGAGGGUCCCACACUUGGCAAAGCAAGCUUUUGCAGCCGAAGUGGUAUUUUUUUCAGUUGACAGAAACUCUCUUGGUAAAUAACUUUAUUAUUAUUUUGAGUUUUUUAAGUCUUAUUUUCAUUUUUUUCAUUUUAAGUUCAAUGAGUGGAACUGUUAAUUUAUUAAAAUGGAAUGAAAUCCCUUUGGCAAAAAAACCUUGCCUUAUAACAAUCAUAUAAUGCACUAGCAUAAUAAACCACAGAUCUCUACCUAAGAAGGAUGGACUAUGUUUCGUUUUUUUUAAGUUUAUGUAAGUUUAAUACUGGUAAAGGACAUAAAAAAGGGUGACUGUGUUAUGAAUCACUGAUAAGAUGUAUGGAGGUUGUUAAACUCUAUACAGAAAUAUAUUUAACUACAAAUCCUGGUGAUGUAGUCAUUUUAAUUUGCAUUUGCAGAAGAAAACCCAUAGAAAUGUUGUGGGUUAAAGAAACCGCAAUAUAUUUUGGUUUUAUUUUUGUAAGAAGAGGAAGAAAAUCUAUUAAAAUACUGAAUUAUGAAGAUAGAACCGUUGAAUUACCUACGAUAAAGCUAUUAUCUAUGCAAAUUAAAAUAUGCAAAAGUCAGAAACUGCUGCAUCUGACUUAGUGAUGGGAAAUAUGGCACCAACAAAAGAGAUGCUGGUAAAAAUUAUACAAAGCACUAAAAAAACUUUAAAAUCUUGAUUUUUGUUCAAUUCUAUUUUUAUCAAAUAAAAUGUCAUUGUUCUUCGUUUCACAAGACGUAAUUACUUGUACAUUGCCCUUUUCUUUUGCGUAAAAUGAUGCCGUCCCACGCAGUGCUUUUAAAAAAUAUAUAAAUAUAUCAAAAUAUAUAUAUAUAAUUUAUAAAAUGUGUAUAUCCUGAUCAGAAUGAAUAUUGUGCAAUCAUUUAUCAUUUAACUGGAUGUGUGAAUGUGUCUUUAUUAUGUUAAAUGUUCUUGAAUCUGUAAAAACUUUAAAUAUCCUGCUGCUCUGUUAUACAUCCAUCCUGUGUUCAUUUGUUUUCCUCCCUCAUGAUUUGUAACAUUUGCUAGAAGACCCAGUCUUUUACUGACAUACCUUUAAACCAUUUUAAUCUGUAAUUUCUAAAUACAUGCCAUCUGCUGGUAAGUGUGGUGCAUCUAUCAUUAUGAGGAUGAUUAUUGUAAUCUUCUAAGCAUAGGAAGGAGAGCCGCCCUUUCUUUUGAGAGUUCAGCUGUGUUAAGUUAUAUUUUCUCUUGAUAAAGCUGUAUAAAACUGAGAUUUAUUUGAAAGUAACUUGUUACUUUUUUUUUUCCAAAGCUGUACAAUAUUAUAGUUUAUAGUGUCAAUAAAAAUGCCUGGUAAAACAUA